UUACUAUUAUUGAAUAUUAUAACAAUUAUUGAGAGUGAGUUGUGGAAGGUUAGUCUAGAAUAAAUUUUCCUUGUGCAAAAUGAUCAAGUAUACUUAUUAGCUAUUAAGAUUUGUAAAUAUUAUUAUUAUUAUUAUGGGUCAUCGUUGCUGCAACAAACUGAAAGUGAAGAGAGGCCUUUGGUCACCUGAAGAAGAUGAGAAGCUCCUUACACAUAUCACCACUCAUGGCCAUGGCAAUUGGAGCUCUGUUCCAAAACUUGCAGGAUUACAAAGGUGUGGGAAAAGUUGUAGAUUAAGAUGGAUAAACUAUUUGAGACCUGACCUGAGGAAAGGUUCCUUCACACAAGAAGAAGAACAAAUCAUUAUAGAUGUUCACAGAAUUUUAGGAAACAGAUGGGCUCAAAUAGCAAAGCAUCUUCCUGGAAGGACAGACAAUGAGGUGAAGAAUUUUUGGAACUCAUGCAUUAAGAAAAAACUUAUGUCUCAAGGUUUAGACCCACAAACCCACAAUUUGAUGACAUCAUCAUCGCAUCAUCAGAACAAAUCGCAGAAUAAUAAAAAUUUUAGUUCAUCAUUUGUAGUCAUCUCACAAAAUAAUAAUAAUGUCACCAAACCAAUACCAAAACAAACUCAUAUUUUCACUGUGAGUAAUAACUCAUCACUUCAUGAUCAUAAUAAUGAGAUCACAACACAAAAUAAUUGUAAUAAUAUGCUAACCCUACCUAGUAAUAAUAAUACUACUCCCAUAUUCACUACCUUCAAUUAUGAUCAGUGUCAUCAAAACCCAAAUAAUAAUAAUGAUAUUUUUACUUCUAAUACUACUUCAACAACUACUACUCCUAAUUAUUUGAGUUUUAACAUGCCCCAAAAUCCCUCCCAAUAUGAUAAUAGUAUUACAACACCUACUAUUUCUUCAUCUUCAUCUUUAAAUAUUCAAUGUCUCUCAAGACCGGGAUUAUUGGAUGAUAUCGGGUUAUGUGGUUCGAGUUUUGAUCUCAUUCAAGCGUCGAAAAUGCUCCCAGAAAAUGAUAUUCUUCAACAAACACAACCACCGAAUUAUCAGAAUCAAGGGCAAGAUCAUGAUAAGGUUUGGGAGAUGGAAAUGGGCGAUAAAGAUAGAAACUAUGAUGAUGACUCCAACUUUGAUCUUGGGUUUAUGGAGUCUAAUUUUAAUCUCUCUGGGGUAAUGUGUCAUGAUCUUAGCUCCAUGGAAUAUGAUCUUGCAUGGAAUUAUUAAUAGAUAGACUUUGAUCAAUCGUGUUCUUAAUUGUGAUAUGUAAUAUGUGUUGUUGUAUUCAUAUUGAUUGAAAUAUUUUGAUUCUUUUCAUAAUAUUGAUUUAUAGUUUUGAGUGUCAAUGAGGUGUAUGUAGAUGACAUACUAGUCAAAUCAGU